GAAGUAGACUAGACUAUAAUUCACAAUUCAUACAUGUCAGUCAACAAGAUACCAACAUUAAUACAUAUAAUUCAAGCGUUAAGUUCGAAGUUUAAAAAAAAAUAGGGAGGCAAUGAUUACGGCUGUUUAGUUACAAAAAGUUUUGAUAUUAUUAAUAAAGAUGGAUGAUCAAGCAUGUCCCCGUUGUAAAACAACGAAAUACAGAAAUCCAUCCCUAAAGUUGAUGGUAAACAUUUGUGGCCAUGCUUUGUGCGAGAGCUGUGUUGAUUUAUUGUUUUUAAAAGGAUCUGGUUCAUGUCCUGAUUGCAAUGUUCCUUUGCGUCGUAGUAAUUUUCGUGUACAGCUUUUCGAAGAUUCCAUGGUGGAAAAAGAAAUGGAUAUAAGAAAACGUGUUCUCAAGGAUUUUAACAAAAAAGAAGAGGACUUCUCAACACUCAGAGAAUAUAACGAUUAUUUAGAAGAAAUAGAAGUAAUAAUAUAUAAUUUAGUCAAUAACAUAGAUGUGGUCGGAACAAACAAAAGGAUAGAACAAUAUAAAAGGGAUAAUAAAGAACUUAUUAUGAAAAACAAAGCCAAAAUCGGUAGGGAAGAAAUAGAAUUAGAGGAGAUAUUGGAAAUUGAAAAGCAAAUGGAGGAAUUAAGACGUCAGGAAAUAGCUAAGAUGGAGGAUGAGGCGAAGAAACAGAAAAUAAGAGCAAAGGAAGCUUUGAUUGAUGAGUUAAUGUUCGCCGACGGAGACGCUAAAGAUAUAUUGAACACAUUCGCACAAACUGUGGCUAAUAAGCAAGAGGAAGUUGUGCCGCUGCUACCUAAAGUGACACAGUUUUCAUCGGGUGUGAAAUUUACUAGAGGUUCGAGUCAGGCAAUACCUAUAAUAGAAGAAGGGCCGCUUUACAAAUAUGAACCGUUAGAAAUACCAGAUAGAUGUGGACCCGAUCCACCGUCGUUGGAGGAGAUUAUGAAUAACGGGUUUCUGCAUCACGUUAGAGCAGAGAACGAGACAGAGAAAGCUGGUGGUUAUACAUCUACUCUACCGUGUCUGAGAGCACUCCAAGAUGCACUCUCCGGCCUCUACCACGCCAGCUGACAUCCGCCCAUAGUCGACACUAUAGUGCUUGAUUAGUUGUUGUUUUUUUUUUUAUUUAAUAAAAACUUUUUGCUUU